AGACACACGACAUUCCAAGUGGGAGCACCAGAGGCCGGAGAGCAACUGGAACUGCAACUGGGACAAGAUGACAAGAUCGAGCUACAUUUGGGCUUUGGCCGCCUGCCUGAUCGCGUGUGCCAGCGCGAACUACGGCGGUAACCAGGGCUACGGCGGACCAGUGUCCGGAGGCCAUGGUGGCUCUGAUGGCGGAGCCGAUGCCGCUUCGGCGGCGGCUGCUGCUGCCGGAGCUGGUGGCGUUGCCGGUGGCGAGUACGGUGGUGCCGGAGCCGGUGCCGGAGGAUUGGAGGGAGGUGCUGAUGCUGCUGGAGUGGCCCAGGCCGGUCAGAGCAGCUACGGCUCCGACCAGAACAUCCCCUACAAGCCCGUGAACACCAAGGGCAACACCCUCACCUCCUCGAUCACCUAUCCCCAGAACAAGGGCGAGAUCCUGAUCCACCGCCCCGCCCCCAUCAUUGUCAAGCGUCCGCCCACGAAGGUGCUGGUCAACCACCCCCCACUGGUGGUCAAGCCCGCCCCGGUGGUGCUCCACAAGCCCCCAGCAAUCGUCCUCCGCAAGGUCUACGUCAAGCACCAUCCCCGUCGCGUCAAGGUCGAGCCCGUGUUCGUCAACGUGGUGAAGCCCCCAGCAGAGAAGUACUUCGUCAAUGAGAACAAGCAGGGCUACGGCCAGGGAUCUCACUCCGGUGGCCCAGCCGGCGGACACGGUGGACACGGACACGGACAUGGUGGACACGGUCACGGACACGGUGGUCAUGGCGCCGGACCCGGACACCAGCACGGUGGACCAGCUCUGCCCGCUUAUGCCUCCGGAGCUGAUUCCGCUGCUGCCAGUGCUGGCUACCAGCUGCUCCAGAACGGCAACCAGGGCCUCUCCGCCCUGGCCAGCAUCGCCGGCGAUCGUGAGGGUCCCUAUGGAUCCGGACCGAGCCACCAGAGCUACGGACCCGGCCCGUCCGGACCCGGAGCUUAUGCCCAGCCCUCCUACUAAGCGAAUCCUACACUGAGGAUUUGCAGGAGCGGGCAUCGGAGGUUCCCAGAGACUGCUGCCGUUCCAGAUCCAACCUGAAGCGACUGUCAGUUGGGGUUCCGUCCACUUAGUUACUUUGUGUUCUCCGACACAGCCUGAUCGCCUGACAAGACCACUGCGCCCCCACAGCCUCAACAACCACCCACCAACCAAACCACCCACCCACAAUCCACGGUUGCGGAGGGGCGUGCUUCUCAGGUUUCUUUGCAAACAAAUAAAAAAAUUUGAAAAAAAAA